UCUUCUUCAGCGGCAGGGGACAGACGCGUUCAGUUCGCAGCUAUGUCACGUGCGAGAACAGCGUUGGUGCCCUUGCUUGCUUUUUGCGCGUCGUGCCUGUAUCUCUACGCGAACGUAGUGGAACAGGACCACAGCUGCCGAUACAAGAGGCCACCUCGCCUGCGAUCGUGGGCGACACCUCCACGACUCGAUAGGACCAACGACACCACGAACGACACGAAUGCUCAUCCGAACAUUCCUGGUCGCUACGUCCCUUACUACUUGAGGAAGGCGCCUGACAAUUCUACAGAGAUGCCGAGGAUCCUGAUCUGGACCACACUCCAAUUUUAUUGGUUUCCCGAUAAGAGGACCCGAGGUAGCGGGAUAACGAUAGAAUGCGGCGACGUGAAGUGCCUGCUCACCAACGACAGAUACUCGCUGGACUCGACCGAAGCCGUGCUGUUCUACGGCUUGGACAUGGACCUCGGCGACAUGCCACCGUACCGUGCGCGGGCCCAGAAGUGGGUCUUCUGGACCAUGGAAGCGCCUAACAGCGACACCAACGAGUUGAUGUUACUCGGCCCUGCUAUCAACUGGACGCUUACCUACAGGCUAGACUCGGACUUCAAAGCCCCCUACGGUUGGACCGCCGAGUACGAGAAACCCGUGGAAUACUCCAUGGAGGUACUGCGGCUUCUGUGGCAGGAGAAGCGCCGGAUGGCCGUCUGGCCCGUCAGCCACUGCCACACUUACGCAAAGCGCGAGCUGUUCGUACGAGAGCUCAGAAAGCACAUCGACGUUGACAUUGUCGGCAAGUGCGGCAAAGAGGGAUGUCGGGACGAUUGCUGGCACAACUUCAGCAGCGAGUACUUCUUCUACCUGUCGUUCGAGAACAACCAGUGCCGCGACUACGUGACCGAGAAGCUGUUCAACCCGCUCGACCACGACAUCGUGCCCGUCGUUUUUGGCGGUGUCGACUACGCUCAUUUCGCGCCCCGGGGCUCCUACGUGGACGCGCUCUCCUUCAGCUCCCCCGAAGCACUGGCGCGCUAUCUGGUGGCCACGUCGCGCGACUUUGGCAUGUACGCGCGCCACUUCGCCUGGAAGAGCCGCUACAAUAUAAUGCACUGGGGCGGCUGGGAUUUGUGCCCCGUCUGCAGAGCGAUCCCCACCGACGCCUUCAGAAAUCACAGCCACUACCACGACAUAUACCACUGGUACAACACGAUGGCACGCUGCCGUAGCUGGGACCCGCGAACCUUCAAAACGCGGGCCUUAGCAAGUAACCAAGAAUGAAGGCGAUCCGUUAUUUGUGGCACCUUUCAUCUUGUUUCUUUUUCUUGUUGUUUAGGGGCUGGGGGUUACUUUUGUAACGCGUGUGUGUGCCACUACACACAGUGGAAGGACAAUGUAUGUCUCGUCGACCUAACCAUUUAUUUGCUUAUGUAUGUUGAAUAAAACAGAAUUUACAUUGUAGGCAAGCCGGCGAUCCGGUAAGGAAAGCGCUUUAUUCAUGGGAGGGAGUGACAUAAGUACACUUGGAAAUGGGUGACGUAGACGUCACGUGUUAACAGUCUGGGCGCUAUCAGAAUGACAGCGUGAUAUGGCCACAAUAUAAAAUGAACAGUGUCUUGAGCAUUCGCGGUAUACUGGACACCUUUAAACUGACUUGUACAGGCGAACGAUUCGCAUGGAAAUUUCAAGCCAA